GUGGCAAGCUCCCGGAGAAACACUUCCGGUAUCAAGACUUGACCCAGCACAGUCUUCCCCAUCCCUCUGCGACCGCAAAGCCCCAAAAGUUCCAGUAAGCUCGCCACUUCCGGAACGGCAGUGUCCAACUGCUCCAACAGCGGAAGUGGCAUAAAGUGCGGACUCCUUCCGGUUCCGGUCUCGCGCGCUCCAGGGUGGCAACAUGAAACUGCUCACUCACAAUCUCCUGAGCUCCCAUGUGCGGGGCGUGGGCACGCGUGGCUUCCCGCUGCGCCUGCAGGCCACCGAGGUCCGCAUCAACCCCGUGGAGUUCAACCCCAACUUCGUGGCGCGGAUGAUCCCCAAAGUGGAGUGGGCGGCGCUUGUGCAGGCGGCGGACACUUUAAACCUGGCCGAGGUACCCAAAGAGCCCACUGAAGGUUAUGAGCACGACGAGACAUUUUUGAGGAAGAUGCACCACGUGUUGCUUGAGGUUGAUGUACUGGAGGGCACCUUGCAAUGCCCUGAAUCGGGUCGUCUUUUCCCCAUCAGCCGAGGAAUCCCCAAUAUGCUGCUGAAUGAUGAGGAGACUGAGACGUAGCCUGGCUGGUCACCACUUUGGCAUUUUGUGACCGUGUGUAUCUGUUGUAUAGUCUGUUAACUAGGUAUGUCAUGUGUGACCCCGAUCUCCCCCCAAGUGACUCACUGACCACCGUGUUCUUGAGCUCCAUAGUAUAUUUUUUUUCUCAUUAAAGGUUCAAAACCAAAA